CUCCAGACCUCAAUCACCUGCGAUAAACCCUGGAUAUAUCGUGAAAUGAACAUUUACGAAGUAAUACGUGUAUCAAAUUUAUUAUCCAGAAUAGACAAAACUGACUGAUAUAGUGUCUAUAAAUUUAAGAAUUCACUUGCUCAAUGUGAGAACUGUUUUAGAUUUUAAGGUAAUCAAAGUGUAACUUAUUUUUGCAUAGGAGCAAAACAUUUUCUGUUAAAUAUUUAUUUAAGGAAAAGAAGUUAUACGAAAACAUAAAGACGACUAUAGAGAUGAAGUGCAUGGAUCCUGAUAACAGCGCUGUCUGGCAGUUGCUGCCAGGAAAGGACCAUAAAUUAGAUAUCGAUGGCGACUCUCCUACUCCAACUGAGAAUGGAGUCCUCAGUUCGAAUGCAACGCUUUCCAAGUGUUCAACCGUCCCCCGCAACAUGUGCCUUAAUGGAUAUUCAAAGGAGACGGGCCAUCAUUUUUAUCCCAAAUUUCGCCACUCCAGGAUGAUUCAUAGCCGACAGAGAAAAAGAGUGAUUUUGAAAAACGGCGGUGUCAACAUCUCAAGAGAAAAUGUUUCCAAGAGAAGCCAGCGCUACUUACAAGACAUAUUUACAACUAUGGUGGACAUUCAGUGGAGAUGGAACUUGCUGGUUUUCGCAAUGGGUUUCUUCGUCAGCUGGAUCGUAUUUGCUAUUGUCUGGUGGCUCAUUGCCUUUGCCCAUGGAGAUCUGGAGCAUGAGGAUGACGAGGAAUGGAACCCCUGCGUAAAAAAUGUACACAGUUUCGUCACUGCCUUUUUGUUUUCUGUGGAAAGCCAGCACACCAUUGGGUAUGGUUACCGUUACACAACAGAAGAGUGUCCUGAAGGUGUUUUUAUGAUGUGCAUCCAAUCUGUAACGGGUGUGAUGAUCCAGUGCCUUGUUGCGGGUAUGGUGUUUGCCAAAAUAGCACGUCCGAAAAAACGAAGUCAAACGCUAAUGUUCAGCCGUUACGCCGUUGUGUGCCUUAGAGAUGGAAAAUUAUGCCUGAUGUGGCGUGUAGGUGACAUGCGCAAAUCGCAUAUCAUCGGUGCUCAAAUAAGUGCGCAAGUUAUUAGAAGAAAAGUAACACUGGAAGGAGAAGUUAUACCGUAUUAUCACACACAGUUGGAGGUUCGAUCAGACGAUGCUGGAGAUCGAGUAUUUCUUAUCUGGCCAGCAACCAUCGUGCAUGAAAUAGACGAAUCCAGCCCCUUUUACAACAUGUCUGCGCAAGAUAUUCUGAGUGACAAUUACGAGCUUGUUGUAGCCUUGGAAGGUACUAUUGAAUCCACUGGGCAGUCUAUUCAAGCUCGUACUUCUUUUGUGCCAACAGAAAUAUUAUGGGGACAUCGUUUCGAACAAAUGGUGUCAUAUCAGAAGGAAACGGGAGAGUUUCUUGUUGAUUAUAGGAAAUUCAACAAUACUUAUGAGAUAGAAACUCCACUCUGCAGCGCCAGAGAUUAUUGCGAAUAUCGCCGCCUUAUGUCCGUAUCUUCAAGAGCAGUUAGUUACUGCGGGGCAACAACUGAAGCCGCUAGUCUCGCUUCUUUUAGAAGAAGCGAAUCCACGCCUGAAGCACACUCCACGAGUUCCCAGACUCCAGGCGGAGAUAAUAAUCCAUUAUCAGGAAGCUGUGAUGAAUGCUGAAAGGUUUUAUGGUGAUUGAAGAGAAUAUAGUGAUAGUGCAAAACUAGAAUCAUCCACGGGUUCUCCAUACUCUUCAGUUGACACUAUUCUGUGAUAUCCCAGAUUUCUGAAGAGUAGCAGCAGUUUUAUCUUUUGUAGAAGACAGUGAUAUGACCAAAGAUAUUUUCAAGACAAAGCUUUUGUUAAAAAUGCAGUCACAAAUACUAGAUUUUAGUAUGGAUGGUCUUAUUACUAAUUUUAGUGUAAUGCCUAUUAGAGCUUCUGCUCAACAUUAAUGCCAAAUUCUCAUAAAGGAACGCAUUACAGUUAUAUCAAAAGCAGCACUGAUGGAAAAACUUUCUUUCCUUCUAAAACCCCAUACAGUGACUGUGAUAUUCAAUUAACUGUUUUACAAAAUAUAAACUUAGUAAUUCUGAUGAUGUAAAAAGAAUUUAAUGCAAUGAAACUUUUAUUUUAAUUGCAUGUCUUAUUUGAAGUCUAAACGAUUAUACAUUUUAUUUUGAUGGGAAUCAAAUUCUCUGUUGUUUAGAAACUGAUCUUUCAUGUUUAUGUUUUGCCAUCUGAAAAAAAAUAUUAAUGAAAUGGGUACAUGAACGAAGAAACCAACGUGUUAUAUUAUUCAUGUAAUUUUAAAUUGUCCACAUAUAAUGAAAUUAUAUCAGGUUUGUGUAUUAUUAAAAAUGUUUUAUGCCACUUUAAAUAGCAAUUUUUAAGACUGAAAAUCACCGGAUGUGCCAUACAUGUUUAGUUUUUUAUUUAAGCAUAUAAAUUUUAGAAUACAGUAUAUAAAAUCUUAUACUUUUAUGCAUUCCAGUUGGUUUAAAUUCGUUAGCAUUUUUGCUAUCACUAAAUGCCAUAUUGUGCAAUGUGUAUAUCAACAUAAUGUAUGUACAGACACUUGAUUACAUGGAGCAUCUGAAUAAUUGCAAAACUGCUGCUUAUUAUGUUUAAUACAUACUCAUAUGUAAAUACAUUUUUAGAAGGCAGAUUAGAUAUCAGUAUUACUUUAUCAAACAAAUUUUGAUGUCUUGAAAUUGCAAACUUUGUCAUGAUAAAUUAUUUGCAUUGUCUUCUUAUUUCAAAACAACUUUAUGAUGGGACCAAAAUAAAUACAUUCCAGGUAGUUUGAAAAGUUCUGUGAUUCCUCAAAACAGUUAUAUCAAUUGCAAAUUAUUUGUGAUUGUACAUAAUAAUUUGGAGUACUAAUAUUAUCAUACUGUUCCUAUCGGGAUUUAAAAAAGCAUCGUUAAAUUUCUUGUACCAACAUGCGAUAUCUUUUACUUUUCAGACACAUCAAAAUAUCAAUGUUUUAUCAGUUUUGAUACAGCAAAGCCAGAUGCAUCUUAAUAUCCAAGACCUCACGUGCUGCAUCCUAUGUCACAUGUAUUUUAUUUUUCAUUUAUUGCCUUCUAAAUAUACUUCUGAUUUCUCUUUAAGUAGUACAGCAUAUUAUUCAGACUGCCAUACAAAAAUCAAUUCAAAGCUAUGCAUAUUGUAAAGUUAAGAAUAUUGCUUUUUUCUAAUAUAUUGUCUUUUAAAUUAUGCACAUUCAUUGUGUAAUGAAAGAAAGUGACCUUCAUCUGGUGCUUUUUAAGAUAUUAUGAUAUUUGUGUCAUAAAUGUAAUUUUUAGAAAGUUAUUAUGGAGUUACUUCAUGUGAUAUUAAAAUAAUUUCAUAUAUUUCUCUUCCCUAAAAAUUUGAUGCUGUUAAAAGGAAAAGGGUAAGUUUGAUUUUUAUUUCAAUGCAAUGAAUAUAAGGGAGAGCAUUAAUUUUUUUAUUAUGCAAAGGUGUUGUGAUCUUAAUUAAAAAAUACACUGUAGUUUAAAAGAAAGCUUUCCAAAAUAACGCUACUUAUGAUACUAAAAAAAUGUUAUCAAAAUGGUGCACAUCUUUAACUCUUAAAUUUAAUUAUGUAUGGUAUGACGAAGAUAGUAGCUGGAAAAAUGCCAUCCUCCUCAUUCUGUGAUGUAAUUAGACAGCUACUUGGAAAAUAAAAUAAAAAUACUACACACAGUUAUUGAAUUUCUUAUAACUGCAUUACUGAAAUAUAUAGCUUAAGCAAAUAUGUAACAAUGAUUUUCCAAAGCUCAUUGUCAUAAAAUUUUUUAUACAGAUAAUGAGUGCAAAUCAUUUUGGAUAUAUCAAAUAUAGUUGAACUAUAAAAAUGCAGGACAUUAUACAACGGACAGAAUAAAAUUUACUGCAGAAAAAUAAAAGUUAUAGAACUGCAGCACAAAAUAUUUUGUUCUAGUAUUGCAUUUUCUUAUUUCUGUAAAUAUUUGCUGUAUGAUUUACAUACAUAUUGUUAUCUAGUUGAUCUUUUAUACACUUGUUUAGAUCAUUUUUUUAAAAAAUAAAAUAAAAACUGUAUAUUUUAUUAUGUCUAGAAUAGCUGUUGCAAUUCUUUAAUGAAAUGUAAGCAGAAUACCGCUUUAUUUUUUAAGCAUGUACUUGUUUAUUUACUUGUUUAGAAAUAAAAGGAAAAAUUGAUUUUUCUUAUUCAUUAAA